AUGGACGGCAGGCCCGUGCUCCGACAGGUCUCAACUUCGAGCCAUACCCCAAUGAGCUCCGACGGAUCGGAGCCCACGGCGGUGCUCGGCGCCCCGAUGUCGCGUAACGAGCUCGAACGCAGUCGCACGCAAUUGAACCAGAGCGGCAUGAUGUCGCCCGGUACGGCAUUUGAAAACCUGGACACCAUCAAGGGACCGGCACCGCACACGUUCAGCAACAACAACGUGCCGGUGAAGCCCAAGGUCGCGCUCUUCGACGGCGACUCGCAGUUGUCGACCGAGGGAUUCCGCCAACGCGCGGCACUGCAGACGUGCUCCAUCAGUUGGCAACACAUUUCGUACUUCAUUCAGCCCAAGGAGAAGGCGCUCGGACGUCUCCGUAACAACAGCAAACGCGGAUCGGGUCCGUCCGGACUGGAGGCGCAGUUCGAGCGCCAGCAACCCCGCAAAAUCCUCAACAACGUGUGGGGACGGUCAGGACCAGGCGAGUUGACGGCCAUUUUGGGUCCGUCCGGUGCCGGUAAGACCACACUUCUUGAUAUGCUCGCGGACCGAGUGCCGUCGGGAGGCUCGGGCGUGCAUUUGGAAGGACUUGUGGAGGUGAACGGCCAGCCACGCGACCUCCGCACCUUUCACUCUAUCAUGAACUACGUGUCGGAAGACAUGGCGUUCCUAGGCGCAUUCACCGUGCUCGAAACGCUGCAGAUUGGCGCUGGUUUGAGUCUGCCUGGCCACAUGCCCCCGGUCCAGCGUGAAGCCCGUGUUCAAGACGUGAUCGACGCCAUGGGUCUACGAUCGUGCUCUAAUGCCCGUGUUGGCGAUAUCUUCCACAAGGGAAUCUCCUCCGGUCAGCGCAAGCGUCUUGGCAUCGCUCUGGAGCUCCUUUCCGACCCCGCUCUUCUACUCCUAGACGAGCCGACGUCCGGCCUGGAUUCGUCCUCAGCUCGCGGUGUGAUGCAAUACAUCGAGCGGUUGUGCCAGGAGGGCGGCAAGAACGUUGUGUGCACCAUCCACCAGCCUUCUUCGUCCAUUUACGGCAUGCUUACGAACCUCAUCAUCCUCAGUGGCGGUGAACUCGUCUACGGCGGUCCUACAAACGCUGCUAUCGCCCACUUCUUCUCGAUGGGAUACGUAUGCCCAAUGUACACGAACCCAGCUGAGUACUUCGUCCACCUGGUUAACACCAAUUUCCACGAAGGCCUGAAACUCGAGCCAUUCAUUCGUGCACUCAAGGAAAGUGCCGAGCCGCAGCGUCUCCGUGCCGAUGUAGUCAGAGAUCGUUCGCGUCGCGAUCACCUGGCCAAUCCAGAACUUCUUAAGGCGAUGCGACCGUGGCCGAUGGACCAGUUCUUCGUGUUGGUGAAGCGUAACUUGACCAACAACUGGCGACAUCCCGGUGUCUUCUGGCUGCGUGUACUCAUGUACGUGUUGCUGUCGCUCAUGGUGGGUACCAUGUAUCUGAGCUCCAACAACGGCAUCAAGGACAUCUCAAUGGUGUCGCUGCUCUUCUACGUGCAAGCUUUCCUCGUCUUCAUGUCCGUCGCUGCUCUACCAGCUUUACUGGAGCACCGUGCCAUCAUGGAGCGAGAGAUGCGGGCGUACGCGCUGUCAUUGACUGGUUACACGAUGUCUAACCUGCUGGCUGCGUUACCGGGUAUCCUGCUUAUCUCUGUGCUAGCCUCGGCGAUUGUGGUCUUCCUGGCCCACGUACGCUCGUUCCCGACCUUCCUACUCAACCUGACGUUGUCGCUGAUCGCCGCCGAGUCGCUGAUGCACUUACUCGGAGCUGCCGUACCGCACUACAUCAUGGGUAUCGCCUUGGGUGCCGGUCUCUUCGGUAUGUUCAUGCUUUGCGAAGGGUUUAUGGUGCCGUUCGAAGACAUGCCAGUUUACUGGCGAUGGGGCUACUACAUCGCGUUCCACACGUACUCGUUCGAGUCUUUCAUGUACGAGCACUUUUCCCAGGUCAACACGAAAGAGGCGUGGAAUAUACUCAAAGGCUACGGCAUGGAGAAGGUCAACGUCUGGCAGAACAUGAUCAUCCUGGCAGGCUACUCGGUCGUACUGCAGAUCCUCGUCAUCGGUGUGCUCUUUCUCCGUUUUAACCGGCACCGUCGCCGCUAA